UAUUCCAUUAUAAGAGUGGAUAUCAUGUGCAUCCAUUGACUAAUCCUCAAAGUCACCUUAAACUCUGUCUACAUAUCUUCUGUACCCAAGAACAAAGUGAUCACAUUUGAGUUAUGGCUUCCCAAAAACAAGCAACUCGACCCCAUGCUCUGUGCAUUCCUCUUCCAGCUCAAGGUCAUGUCAACCCCAUGCUCAAACUAGCCAAGCUCCUCCAUCAGAGAGGCUUCCAUAUAUCUUUCGUCAACAAUGAAUUCAAUCACAGGCGUCUGCUCAAGGCUCGAGGCCCUGCUGCACUUGAUGGCUUGCCAGACUUUAGGUACUAUGCCAUCCCUGAUGGCGUGCCCCCUACGGAUCCGGAUGCUACUCAGCACCCUGCUUUGUUGUUUACAUACACUCCAGUACACUGCUUGGAACCACUUGAGAAACUUGUUUCAGAGUUUAAUGAUGAAGCCUCUGACGUGCCACCAGUCACUUGUAUUAUUGCUGAUGGUCUCAUGAGCUUCGUGCUUAAGGCUGCUCAACACCCUGAGAUUCCUAAAGUGUUGUUUUGGACAACAAGUGCAUGUGGACUCCUUGGAUAUAUGCAGUAUGGACAACUUAUUGAAAGAGGCUAUACACCACUUAAAGAUGAGAGCUAUGUGACAAAUGGAUAUUUGGAUACAGUAGUGGAUGGAAUUCCAGGAAUGAAAGGCAUGAAAUUGAGAGAUUUCCCAAGCUUUGUCAGAACAACAGACAUCAAUGAUAUUUUGUUUAACCACCUGAAAAACGAAGCUGAAGCCAUUUCUAACUGUGAUGCACUCGUUAUACACACUUUUGACGCGUUGGAAAAAGAUUCUCUGGAUGCUAUUUUGGCCAUUCAGCCACAAACUUACACAAUUGGUCCAUUGCUUAAUCAGAUGCAAGACAAAAACCUUGAAUUCAUGGGCUCUAAUUUAUGGAAAGAAGAAGUUAGCUGCAUUGACUGGCUCAAUCAGAAAGAAGCCAACUCAGUUGUGUAUGUCAACUUCGGUAGUAUUACUGUAAUGUCUAAGCAUCAUUUAUCUGAAUUUGCGUGGGGACUAGCCAACAGCAAGAAACAGUUUUUGUGGAUCAUUAGGCCUGAUGUAGUUACCGGUGACUCUGCCAUGCUUCCGCCAGAGUUUCUGACAGAGACAAAGGAUAGAGGCAUCAUUGCAAGUUGGUGUCCACAAGAACAAGUACUGAAUCAUCCGGCAAUUGCUGGAUUCCUGACUCAUAACGGGUGGAAUUCAACAAUUGAGAGCAUUUCUGGUGGAGUGCCAAUGAUCUGUUGGCCGUUUUUUGCAGAACAACAGACUAAUUGCCGAUACUGUUGUGUAGAAUGGGGAAUUGGAAUGGAAAUUGAUAACGACGUGAAAAGAGAUGAAGUGGAAGGGCUUGUGAGAGAAUUGAUGGAUGGUGAAAAGGGUAAAGAUAUGAGGAAGAAUGUACUUGACUUGAAGAAGAAAGCACAAGAAGCUUUAAUGCCUGGUGGAUCGUCUCUGAAGAAUUUGGACAAACUUAUACAUCAGGUUCUACUACAUAAUUCUAAUAGUUCCUGAAAUGAGUGAUUGAUUUAUGGAAUCAAUCAUUUGUGUAUGAGCUCAAAUUGUCAAAUGCAUUGUGUGUGGAGUUAUUGAAGCCUUUUGAGUUGUGUUAAAUUUAUGUAUUAAUCUUUUUUCUGUA